AUGGAACUCGUCGAUUGGUUGAACUCCAUGGCGGAGUUUGGUGAGUGGGCUGGUGGACGCAAGCCAGUGACGAAGAAGUCGGAUGCGCUGCGCUUCGGCGUUUUGGGGGCUGCCAAGAUUGCCUAUGAAGCGCUCAUCAACGAUCCAUCCAUUGAUUGUAUAUACAAUCCCCUCCCCAACGGCCUUCACUACAAAUGGACGCUCGCGGCCCUCAAAGCAGGAAAGCACGUCUUACUAGAGAAGCCUUCAGUGUCGAACGCACAAGAGGCACGCUCUCUUUUCCAUCAUCAAGUCCUCGAUGCUCCGAAUGCUCCGGUCCUUGUUGAAGCAAGUCACUAUCGCUUCCAUCCCGCGUGGCAUUUCUUCCUGGCGCAAUUCGAAAAGCAGAAUAUAGAGAAAGCAAGUGCUCGCGCUGGAGUGCCGAAAGGAGGUAUCCCAGCGACGGAUAUCAGGUUUGAAUACGAUCUUGCUGGUGGCGCUGCAAUGGAUCUAGGACACUACACCCUCUCCGCGCUACGAGGCGUAUUUGGGACUGAGCCCACAGAAGUCACUUCAGCAACACCCCGCCUCAUACACGCACCAAACGAUCAACGCUGCGACCAAGCCAUGGAAGCUACCUACACCUUUUCCAACGGGGGCACUGGCUAUAUCUCAGCCGACCUAGGUGCCCGAGGUGGUUACUGGUUCCCAUGGCUAACAUCCAACUGGCCCAGCUUCCGAGACCUGCUCGCCUGGAUCUCCGUGACUCUACAUCCUGAAGACCUUGGUGUCGAAGGCGGUCUACAAAAGUCUAGUCAGAAGGUACUUAUCUUCUCAGGUUUCAUGAGUCCGCAUGCCUACCAUCGUAUCGACAUCACUACAACCACCACAUUGCGCGACCCCACCUCUGGCAAUAUCGUCAAACAAGAGAAGAAGACCGAACACAAAACAGCAUACAAGUGGACUGAGGGUAUGGGCGGCGAAGAAAGGGGACAGAAUUGGUGGACAUCGUAUCGGUACCAGCUUGAGGAGUUUGUGAACAGGGUCAAAGGCAGAGAGGGAAGUGGUGCCUGGGUGGAUGGCGAGGAGAGCAUCAGGCAGAUGGAGGCUACGGAUCGGACGUAUGAGAAAGCUGGUAUGUCGAUUAGGCCUACGAGUGCGGAGCUGGAGUGA